AUGGAGCCUAUAUCGAACAGAAAAGGAGAAAAUGAUCUCGGCUACCCAGAGAAAGGGAAUCACGGCACCGGAGAGGAGAUGGUUGCGCAGCAAGGAGAGGAAGGGCCAGUGACGAAGAAGCCACGCGUUGAAGUUGAAGUUGAAGAUGAAGAUGAGGAGGGGCUCACGAAUCUGAAAAGUUUCCGCAAGAAUUGGUUGAAGGUGAUGUCUCCGUUCGUCGGUCCCUUGGAAGCAAUCACUGGGACGGAAAUUGGACCCAAGCACUACACAGAGUCAGGGCCGCCCCGCUUCGGCGGUAUCGAUUACGACGCCUUGGAGAUCUUCUCGCUCAAAGCUACCGAGAUCAAGGAAGUCAUUGGCAGCAGCCCAUCAGAGGAAAAACUUUUGAGUGCUGCAAUUUUUAGAUACGACAACAAUAGCUACGGUGCAAGAAGUUCUGCAGGCCAGGUCCAGACCCGUAUAGUGUCAGCUAAGCCGAACACAAUUGAGCUAAAAUACUCACAUCUGAAAGUGCCAUUGGAGGCAACCAUUGAGAUACAUCACUCAGAAGGAUCGAGUGAUUUUCGUGGUCUAUUCUUUGCCCAUAUGGAAUAUAUGGGUGAAGAAAAAAUAACGUUGCUUGAUUCCAGUGACUGUAAUGUGACAGUUGGAUCUGAUGGCAGCAUUCCACUUGCACGAUGUGUCGUGAUAGUUGACGACCAAGCAAAGCUGACACUGGGUGUGAAGGCUUGGCAAGGCGAAAAUGGCCAGGAUGCUGGUGUUGUAAGAUGGGAGUUUAUGUUUAUUGGUCAGUGCCUUGCUAGUUAA